CCGGAAGUGCUGGAUACGCGGGACUUUUAAUUUUCUACAGCGGCAAAAACAUGAAAACAGGCAGUUGAAGUUUAUCACAACUCGGUUUGACAGGUUAAUAAAGAAGACUGGAGUUUAUUGUCAAGCCACUGUCAAUGUGUCUGUAGCAGGUCAUGGCUGUUGGAGAGCUCUGUCUGAUUGAAAAGGACAUUUCAAGUCUGCUAGAGAUACCACUUAAUCCCAGCAUCUCAUCUCUGAAUCUUCACUGUAAUCGCCUCUGUAAGAUUGAAGGCUUGGCGACAGCAUGGCAUAUUCGACAUCUGGACCUGUCAUCUAAUCGCAUCUGUCGUAUAGAGGGAUUGGUUUCUCUGUCCUCACUACGCACCUUAAACUUGUCUUGCAAUUUAAUCACUAGGGUCGAAGGGCUCAAUGGACUAACAAAUCUUACAAGUCUAAAUUUAGCCUACAAUCAAAUAAAUGACCUAACUGGCCUCUUAUAUCUUCAUGGAGCUGAGUACAAACUAAAACACCUGCAGCUCCACAGCAAUCGUCUGGAUAGUAUGAACCAUCUGCUGCAGUGCAUGGUGGGACUGCAGAAUCUGAAGGAUGUUACUCUCAGCAAAGACGGCUCACAGAAUCCAGUCUGCUUACUGCCAGGCUAUAGAGAUAUGGUCCUUCAGUCUCUGUCUCGGAUCACGGCACUAGAUGGAGUAGAUCGCCUGGGAAACACUUCUCCUUUAGCAGAGGACAGUCCUAUGGAUGUUCCUGGACUUGAGGAUUUCCUAGAAUUUCUUAUUUCAUCAGACGCUAGCGUUACUGGAGAUCUGGCAAAAUCAGACACUCUUCUCAAUGCUCCACGUAUUGACGAGGUCCUGACCCAGUUUUGGCAGCGAGGUGAAAAACCAGCCGCAGAAAAUCAUGAAAAUGAGCUACGUAUUAAAAAACUAGAGCAACAGGUUUCCCAUCUCAUUCAGAAGGUACCAGCAGGGGAUGGCUUUAAAACGAGCCAUGCUUUACCUUCUGCAGUUCGUAAGGCUAAGAAAGAUACUGAUCAGACAUCAGAGAGUGAAUGUGACAGCACAAAAGAGAACCAGCGGCAUUCCAGAAUCCCGGCCCGUCCGAAAGGCUCUGCAGCGAAAAAAAUCACCAAGGACAUCAGGCCCAAAUCUGCAUGUGUAACAGACACACAAAAGCAGAGAUCCUCAAAGCAGGCUGCUGGCACCCGUCUUAGGACGACGUCCAUCCAUAGCUCUGGAUCUGUGGAAACAGUUGAGUCUAUAACAAAAGGCCCUAAAACAAUCACAGCAAGUCCUAACAAAAGCCCAGGUCAAUCCCAACAAGAAACCUAUAGGGCAAUAGUGGAAGAGCGAGACCAAGAGCGCGAGCGACGGUGGAAGGCAGAGCAGGCUGUGAAAAGGCUCACAGAACAAGUCAAGAACCUGCAGACUCAAGCCAGUGAGGAAAAGGACCUACAGAGUUUAGCCCUGCACACCACAGACAGGUUAAAGGAGAUGCUGUUAAAGGAGCGUUCAGAUAGGGCAGGACUGCAAACCCGCUUGCAGGAGCUGGAGGAAAGAUACAGGUCUACGGUAGAGCAGAUGGAGCAGACGCGCAACCGAGAAGACCAACACAAGAGGGCGCUGUGCAGUCUGGAGGAAAGCAUGAGCCAGGCAGAGGCUGUCAGGGCACAGCAGCGUGCAGAAGAGAUCAAGAGGACUCAGGAGCUGGAGAACAAGGUGUCUGCUUUUAAAAGGGAAGUUGAAAUACUCAGAGCAUCAGCACGACAUCACAAAGAGAAGCUACAGCAGCUGCAUGAACUAUUGGCCUCUAGGGAGGAGAUGCACAGGAAGGAACUUGCAUCGCGGCUGCUUCCUGGUGGGACUGAGUUUAAGGACGCUGUAGCUAAAGAGGUAGAGGCUACAGAAAAAAGAUUUGCCCAGAAACAGGCUGAGAUGGAGCAAAAGAUUGCAGAUUCUCAAAAGCAGUACGCCGCCCUGGAGGAUGAAUUUCGUAUUGCUCUUACCAUUGAAGCAAAGCGUUUCUCAGAGGUAAAGGAGGCUUUUGAUCAGAUGUCUUCUGAGCUGAUAGAAGUGAAAUCAAGCCUCAGCCAGUCACAGCGAAAAGAGAAACAGUCAGCCUCUCUGGUGCAAGAGCUCACAACUAUGGUGAAGGAGCAAAAAACAAGAAUAGCUGAGCUUCUCAAAGCUAAACGAGAAGCUGCAACUGAGUUUAAGGACCGUGUGCAGUCAUUGGAAUCCAGGUUAGAAGAGGAUAAACGCCUCAGUCUACAGGUGGAGCUACUGAAGAAGGACAAGUCCAAGCUGCUGUCCCAGCUUACAGCUCAAGAGUCUGUCAUAGAUGGCCUACGGGCAGAGAGAAAGCUCUGGGGCCAGGAACUUGCACAGCAAGGUGCAUCCUUAGCACAGGAUCGUGGUCGACUAGAGGCCAGAAUUGAAAUUUUGUCAAGCGAACUGGAAUCGCAAAAGAAACAGAACGAGAGAGACAAUGAUGCGCUCAGGAUUAAAGCCAAGAUUGUUGAUGACCAGACAGAGACUAUUCGUAAAUUAAAGGAGGCACUGAUUGAGCGAGAUGAGCAGAUCCGUAAACUGCGUGAUGAGAGUGUGCAGGACCAGCGAAAGUUAAAACAGAAGCUGGAGGAGGACAUGGCAUCUGCAGCGGAGCUCAGAGACAACGUCGAGCAGCUUAGUCUCAGGAAGGAGGAGCUAAAACAACAGCUCCUUGAUAAGGAGGCAGAGCUUGAUGAAUUCAAAGAGACCUACAGGGCUUCAAGUAAGAAAUGGCAGGAAAAGGCAGAACUGUUGAACAGGCUCGAGAGCCAGGUGAAACGAAUGAAGGAGGGUUUUGAUUCCAAAGAGAGGGCUCUGGUGGAAGAAAGAGACAAAGCUUCACAAGCACACAGAGCGGCAGUGGAGAAGCUUCACUGUGUGGAUGAUGCUUUCCGUAGACAACUGGAAUCUUUGCAGGCAUCCCAUCAGGCUGAACUACUACGUCUUGCCAAUGACAAACAGAAACAGAUAGAGCAAGCCAAUCAAAAGGUGCUUCAGGUGGAGGAGGAAAUGCGCCAGCUGCUUGAAGAAACUGAGAGUAAUAAAAGAAUAAUGGAGGAGAAAAUGAGACGUCUCACAAAAGUGCUAAAAGACUUUUAACCUCUGAUACAUUAUGAUGCCACAAGACAAAACAGACAAAAUACUUGAGAGAUGUCUUUAUUUUAAAGUCACAGGAUUUUGUUACCUAUACUACAGUCUGGUUCUUAUUUUGGUUGCCAACAUGAUCCUGAUGUUGAACUGUUUUUAAAGACAAAAUACAAUACAUAAAAAUUAGGUAUGCACAACAAUUAAUCGCGAUUAAUCUAUAGCAGAAUAAACAUUUUGGUUUACAUUAUAU